UGGAUAUGUAGUGUGCAUCAGCGUCUGUCUACCAUCACUAGUCUUCUUCAAUGACAGAGCCAUUAUUCAAGCCAGCUAUCGGGCCGACAAACUGGCGCCUCUAUACACAUACACACUAAGCACACGAACCGCCCUAGCCCCGCCCUUCUUAUUCUACAGGCUGUCUAACGAGAUGUAAGAGAUAUACAGCUGAGCUCUCAGUGGUUAAUAAAGCGCGGCACAGCGCACGGACUUCAGUCUGGAUCUUAUCUCGCAGUGAAAUGGCAGUGUGUUAACCACGGAUAAUGUCAUUACAUAGAGUUCGUAGGCGACAGUCAGACUACACAUCUAUCAGACUUUAUCACAUUCACACAGUCAUUUCAGACCAUAUAGUCACAGGCAAGUGAUGGAGUUAGUUCAGAUAAUAGUAAGAUAAUGUACACGACAUAGGAUACACAGACAGUUGUUCUCAUGCAACAACUAUUCAAACUUCACUUCAACCAGAAAUAGUUACAUACACUGGAUACUACAAAUAAUGGAUCUACAACUGCCACCGUUUAUAAUGGCAGUGUUCCUCUGGGCUUCAUACGUGAGAGGCGAGAUUCGGUGCUACUGCAACGAUGCAUCAUGUGUCAGAGACCACUACAUGUGCAAGUCACAAGCUGGCAAAUGUUUCUCUAAAUUGGCUUAUGACUCUGAAGCUACCCAAUCCGUACAUGGAUGUGUAGAAUUCUUACCAGAACAAGAUCGAAAUCUCUGUCAAGGAGAAGAAGGGGAUAUUAUACGAACACUAGGAGGCGCAAUGGAGUGGCCCAUAUUGAUGUGUUGUAAAGACGAUAUGUGUAACUACAUAGACAAUUUCGAUAUCAACAUUGAUAUUAACGUACAAAGUCCAAACGACACAUUAAUAGAUGCAAAAAAUAAAAGAAGAAAAAUCAACAGCACAUCACGUUAUGACCCUAGAUUAGUCGAACACUUGCCAUCAGAUGGUGACGUAUGGUUCAAAGCCGCUGUCAUCGCUGUGCCCAUUUCUGGUGGCUUCAUCCUAGUACUUUUGGUACUCCUCGCAAUACGCAUGCUCAAAAGUGAUAGCAGACGACAGAGACAUAUGCAAAUGAGGCGGCUUAAUGGGUUUACUAAAGCUCAGCUGUAUGUCGCUGAUCAUUUUUCAGAAAAAUCAUACAAAGUGCAUCAAAAACAUAAAGACAAUAAAUCAAGUAUUUACAAAGAUCUUAGUAUAAAAAUUGAAAGUGACUUUGAAAAGCUAUAUGAUAAAUCUUUACAUGACCAUUCAUCAGGAGGUUCAUCGGGAUCUUGUAAUUCUAUAAUUGUUUGGGGGAAACAACAGAAAAAUAUUGGAGAUAUCUCAACAGUAUAGCAUUGUUUGUAUUGUAAAUAGUUGUACAUAGUGUAAAUUAAUUUUAUAACAUCAUUUAAAAUGAUGAAAAGGUUUUAUAUUAUAUUGAGAGAAAACAGGGAGUGGCGGACUAUUUUAUAUACACAAACUACAUUAAUUAAAUGAUAGUAUUAUUUAUUGAAUAAUAAACUUUAAAAGUAUUCAAAUAUAACAAUUGUUUUGUAUUAUACUGGUAAACUGCAUCGUGUGUCCAGAAAUCUUCAUGGAAAUAUUUUGCUGCAUUCAGUUGUCAAUUCACUGGCAUAAAACAUGACUCAUUC